GCAGCCACAGCACAGCGCAGCAGCCCAGCAGACAAACAUUCCCGUCCUUCCCUCCCUCCCUCCCUCUAAACGCCGUUUUCUAGCUACCAGCUCUCUAGCAGCAGUAAUCACAUUUUGUUGUUGUUACUUGUCUUGGAUUGAGCAAAUGGCGGCGAUGACUGACGUGCCGAGAGGAGCCAUUGGCGCCGCGAUCCGGACCAGCCCCCCGGCCCCCUCGCCGGUCGAGGCCGCUGCUGCCGCGGUGAGAGCCAAGGACGCCGAGAAGCUGCAGUUCAUCGAGGAGAUGACCACGAACGUGGACGCCGUGCAGGAGCGCGUCCUGGCCGAGAUCCUGGGCCGGAACGGCGGCACCGAGUACCUCAAGAACUGCGGCCUGGACGGCGCCACCGACCGCGCCACUUUCCGCGCCAAGGUCCCCGUGGUGUCCUACGACGCCCUGCAGCCGUACAUCCAGCGCAUUGUCAACGGGGACCGGUCGCCCAUCCUGUCGUCGCACCCCGUGUCCGAGUUCCUCACCAGCUCCGGCACGUCGGCCGGCGAGCGCAAGCUCAUGCCCACCAUCCAGGACGAGCUCGACCGCCGCCAGCUGCUCUACAGCCUCCUCAUGCCAGUCAUGAACCUGCAUUUGCCGGGGCUUGACAAGGGGAAGGGGCUCUACUUCCUGUUCGUCAAGUCGGAGACGAAGACGCCGAGCGGGCUGACGGCGCGGCCCGUGCUGACGAGCUACUACAAGAGCGAGCAGUUCAAGAACCGGCCCUACGACCCGUACCACAACUACACGAGCCCGACGGCGGCCAUCCUGUGCGCGGACGCGUUCCAGAGCAUGUACGCGCAGAUGCUGUGCGGCCUGUGCCAGCGCCACGACGUGCUCCGCGUGGGCGCCGUGUUCGCCUCGGGCCUCCUGCGCGCCAUCCGCUUCCUCCAGCUCAACUGGGAGCAGCUCGCGAACGACAUCGAGGCCGGCGAGCUCACCCCGCGGGUCACCGACGCGUCCGUGCGGGACGCCGUGGCGGGCAUCCUCCGCCGGCCGGACCCGGAGCUGGCCCGCUUCGUCCGGGCCGAGUGCGGCAAGGGCGAGUGGGCCGGCAUCGUGACCCGCGUCUGGCCCAACACGAGGUACCUGGACGUGAUCGUGACGGGCGCCAUGGCGCAGUACAUCCCGACCCUGGAGCACUACGGCGGCGGGCUGCCCAUGGUGUGCACCAUGUACGCGUCCUCGGAGUGCUACUUCGGCCUCAACCUCCGCCCGCUCUGCGACCCGGCCGAGGUGUCCUACACCAUCAUGCCCAACAUGGGCUACUUCGAGUUCCUCCCCGUGGACGCCGAUUCCGACGCCGACGAGCAGCUGGUGGACCUGGCCCGGGUGGAGGCCGGGCGGGAGUACGAGCUGGUGAUCACCACCUACGCCGGGCUCAACCGGUACCGCGUGGGCGACGUGCUCCGGGUGACCGGGUUCCACAACGCGGCGCCGCAGUUCAGGUUCGUGCGCCGCAAGAACGUGCUGCUGUCCAUCGAGUCCGACAAGACGGACGAGGCCGAGCUGCAGCGCGCCGUGGAGCGGGCUUCCGCCAAGCUCCGGGGCGCGUCCGUGGCGGAGUACACCAGCCACGCCUGCACCAAGCGCAUCCCGGGCCACUACGUCAUCUACUGGGAGCUGCUCCUGACCGUCGCCGCCGGCGCCGGGCCGGACAAGGAGACGCUCGACGCGUGCUGCCUGGAGAUGGAGGAGGCGCUGAACACGGUGUACAGGCAGAGCCGGGUGGCGGACGGCUCCAUCGGGCCGCUGGAGAUCAGGGUGGUCCGGCCAGGCACGUUCGAGGAGCUCAUGGACUACGCCAUCUCCCGGGGCGCCUCCAUCAACCAGUACAAGGCGCCCCGCUGCGUCACGUUCCCGCCCAUCAUCGAGCUGCUCGACUCCCGCGUCGUCUCCACGCACUUCAGCCCCGCGCUCCCGCAUUGGACGCCCACCCCGCCGCCCCGGAGCUCCGAUCACUAACCGGGAUACAUCAAGAUCGCUGUCCUGCCCCCGAUCGACGUAGUAGAACGUUUCCACCUAAUUAAUUAAAGCACUUGUUGAGAAUUUUGAUUGUUCCUGUCAGUUAGCAGUAGUAGUAGUAGCAUGAGAGUUUGAUGUUAGGAGGCUCGAAGAAUCGCUGAUGUAAGAGGUCGUUCCAAUUACUGUACUGGUAGUACUACUUGUCUUGUCUGUGUCUAUCAGCAACGUGAUCAAGUAACGGGCCUCCAAAGCCGUACGAGUUCUGCAACAA